AUGGAUGUCGAGCAGUUGCAGAAAAGCUGGGCCGAUCUUGCGCUAGAGGAGGAGGAGAGCGGGGGGUUGGACGCCCCAGUCCAGGAUGGUGAGGGUUGUAGUGCCACCCGCUAUGAGUUGGUAGGGCGCUUUUUGACAACGAGGCAGAUCAAGUUUGAACAGAUGCAGCAGGUGAUGGCGUCCGUGUGGAAACCUAUGAUGGGAGUCAGGGUCCUCCAGAUUAAUGAAAACUUGUUCUUGUUCCAGUUCCCUCAUCGUAAGGACUUGCAGCGGGUCAUCGAUGAUGGCCCGUGGUCUUUUGAAAAUAAUACUUUCGUGUGUAAGGAGAUCACGUCCCAGGUUCGCCCGGAGGAGGCCGUGUUGGAUACGGUAGAUUAUUGGGUGCAGGUUCAUGACCUGCCGGGGCGCCAUGCAACGCCGGAUUUCCUGAAACAAAUUGCGAAUCACGUUGGCACUUUCAUAGCGUUAGAUCAGAAUAAUUUUGGAGGCAACUGGCGGAGUUUCCUGAGGGUUCGGGUGGCUAUUAAGGUGGCCGAGCCGUUGAGGAGGCGGAUGAAAGUGCGUCAGCGUGAUGGGUCCUUUACGUGGAUAGUGUUCAGUAUUACUUGA